AUGGAGUCAAUUAUUCUAGAACCAUGUCUCUCUGGUGCCUCAAGCAUAUCAGCUGCUUCAGAGGGAAGUAACCCUAAAGCUAGUAAUGAUAUGAAGAUGAAGAAGAAAGAGACGAUCUCUCCAACAACCCACGAAUCGAAUUCUCGUGUUUUGCUCGACUUGAAGCUGUCGAGGGAAGAUCCGAUUCGUGGGUCCAGUUCGAGUUCAAAGUUAGAACUCAAUCUUUUUAACCCUAUGAAUAAUAAUGGCAGUUCUUCUAAUGAAGAUAAUACCGUGCGCGAGAAGCAAUCCGAUCAAUCAAGGGUUUUUCCAUGCAACUUUUGCAAGAGAGAGUUUUCGACAUCUCAAGCCCUCGGAGGGCAUCAAAACGCGCACAAACAAGAACGUCAACUAGCGAAAAGGCGUCAAGGGAUGGAUUUAAGUGCUUUUGGUCACUAUCCAUAUUAUCCUUAUUCAAGCCUUUCAAAUACUCAUCCUUUCUAUGGAUCUUUUAGUAGAUCACUUGGGGUUAGAAUGGAGUCUUUGAUUCAAAAACCAUCGACUUAUCCGUGGAUGUCCUCGACUGGCGGGGGAUAUCGAUACGCUCAAGGCGGCUGGCCUAGGCACGCGAUGAUGAAUACACAAUCUUCCAUUGAUCAUCAUAGAUUAAGAGUUGAGAGUUUGAAUGGUCUUAAUAAUGGCGGAUUUGGUACUAUUCCGAGAUUUGAUGAUAAUAAACAUAAUUUAUUUGCUUCAUCAUCAUCAAAUAAUUUGCCAAUUAUUAAACCAUCCAUCGUUGAUAAUCCUUCUCGAGGCGAUCGUCCAGCAAGAGAUCAAGUUGAUGCAUCAGGAAUUGAUUUGUCAUUAAAACUUUAA